UCCUGUCCAGGGGAGGAGAAUCCCUCCUGCCUCAAGUUGAGUGGAUUUAGGAAAGGGUCUCCGUUUUCUCGCCCAUUUUUCCCAGAUUGAGGGCUUGGCCGGUGCAGAAAUCCCUGAAGGGAACAUUUUGAAACUUCUCAAUAGGUCAAAGAAACCCUUGUCGUAAGUUGAAGAAAAAUCUCUACAAACUUCGUAGUAAUAUAAAAGGACUGACUUCAUCCGUGCUUAGAGGCUAAGAAAAAUGGCAAAUAUGGAUAGUGAUUCUAGGCAUCUUCUCAUCCCUGAAGUAGAUCAUGAAAUAAAUCCUGGACCUAUGAAUAUCCAGUUUGAUUCAUCAGAUCUAAGAUCCAAAAGGCCUUUCUAUAUAGAGCCCACAAACAUCGUCAAUGUGAAUGAUGUCAUUCAGAGGGUUAGCGACCAUGCCUCUGCCAUGAACAAGAGGAUUCAUUACUACAGCCGGCUCACCGCUCCUGCAGACAAGGCACUGAUUGCUCCAGAUCAUGUAGUUCCAGCUCCAGAAGAGUGCUAUGUAUAUAGUCCAUUGGGUUCUGCUUAUAAACUCCAAAGUUACACUGAAGGAUAUGGUAAAAACACCAGUUUAGUAACCAUUUUUAUGAUUUGGAAUACCAUGAUGGGAACAUCUAUACUAAGUAUUCCUUGGGGCAUGAAACAGGCUGGCUUUACUACUGGAAUGUGUGUCAUCAUGCUGAUGGGCAUUUUAACACUUUAUUGCUGCUAUAGAGUAGUGAAAUCACGAGCUAUGAUAUCAUCAGUGGAUACCACUACCUGGGAAUAUCCAGAUGUCUGCAGAUAUUAUUUUGGCUCCUUUGGACAGUGGUCAAGUCUCCUUUUCUCUUUGGUGUCUCUUAUUGGAGCAAUGAUAGUUUAUUGGGUGCUUAUGUCUAAUUUUCUUUUUAAUACUGGAAAGUUUAUUUUUAAUUUUAUUCAUCACAUUAAUGACACAGAUGCUGUACUGAGUACCAAUGAUAGCAACCCGGUGAUUUGUCCAAGUGCUGGGAGUGGUGGCCACCCUGACAAUGGCUCUAUGAUUUUCUAUGCCAAUGACACGGGACUGCAGCAGUUUGAAAAGUGGUGGAAUAAGUCUAAGACAGUGCCCUUUUACCUCAUAGGGCUCCUGCUGCCACUGCUCAAUUUCAAAUCUCCUUCAUUUUUUUCAAAAUUUAAUAUCCUAGGCACAGUAUCUGUUCUCUAUUUGAUUUUCCUUGUCACCUUGAAGGCCAUUCGCUUAGGAUUUCAUUUGGAAUUUCAUUGGUUUAUGCAAACAGAAUAUUUUGUACCAGAGUUAAGAUUUCAGUUUCCACAGCUGACUGGAGUGCUUACCCUUGCUUUCUUUAUUCAUAAUUGUAUUAUCACACUCUUGAAGAACAACAAGAAUCAAGAAAAUAAUGUGAGAGACUUGUCCAUUGCUUAUAUGCUGGUGACAUUAACCUACCUCUAUAUUGGAGUCCUGGUUUUUGCUUCAUUUCCUUCACCACCAUUAACCAAAGAUUGCAUAGAGCAGAAUUUUUUAGACAACUUCCCUAGCAGUGACAUCCUGUCCUUCAUUGCAAGGAUAUUCCUGCUGUUCCAGAUGAUGACUGUAUACCCACUCCUAGGCUAUUUGGCUCGAGUUCAGCUAUUGGGCCAUGUCUUCGGUGACAUUUAUCCUAGCAUUUUCCACGUGCUGAUUCUUAAUCUAAUUAUUGUGGGAGCUGGAGUAAUCAUGGCCUGUUUCUACCCAAACAUAGGAGGAAUCAUAAGGUAUUCAGGAGCAGCAUGCGGCCUGGCCUUUGUAUUCAUAUACCCAUCUCUCAUCUAUAUAAUUUCCCUCCACCAAGAAGACCGUCUGACAUGGCCGAAAUUAAUCUUUCACGUUUUCAUCAUCAUUUUGGGCCUGGCUAAUUUGAUUGUUCAGUUUUUUAUGUGAAAUACUCAAUGUUUUCUCAAGAUCUUUUGUGGUAUUUUCAACUUUGACAACAAUUCCACAUAAAUUCACUUGUAAAUGGUGUUAUUGCUGUAAUUCUAAAUGUUUUCCUAAGAUAAUUUGGGGGGAAAAAAGGGAAAUGGAGGUCCAUUAAUAAGUAAUUUUGAUUAGAGUGGAAAAGGGGGCAAUGAUCUUUAUCUUUUUUCAUAUUCACCACCUCCUCAUUCUCACUGUCUUUUCUGAGUAGAAGCGUAAGCCCUUAGGAAAAAUCACGCUAGUUUUUGCUUUUACAGUUUUAAGGUGCAUAGGUUUAUUUUGACUACAGUAAAGAUUCUCAGGGUGUCACAGCAACUAUUGCCAGAUGCUAUGUCUGUUUUAUGUUUGAAUGUAUUCACUUUCAUUUUAUUACUUGCUAGAUCAUUUCUGCAGUUUGUCCAAACAUUUACUGUUUGGGACAGUAAACCAAAUACCUCAUUUUUAAAAAGAAAUUUCCAUGGCAUCAGUGUUAAUAGAGUGAACUCUUAACUGCAUCCUUAAUCUCUGUUUAAAAGAGAGAAAGAAUGUCAGUAUAAGCUUUGUGGUCAUGAAAUUCACACAAAAUAAAAGAA